AGCCAAGCCGUGAGUAGUUUUAAGUCCAAAAGCCCCUCCUCUUCUCGCUCUUUUCCCAGUUAACAGAUCUCUCUCUGUCUUUCUUCUCUCUCCACAAAACCAAUCAAAUCUCUUUCAAAACAACAGAGGAAAAAAGGCUUCCAUCUUUCUCUCUAAAUCUAGCUACUUUAACUGGGUUCUGGAUUGCAUUGGAGCAUAUUUAUUAGUAGCUUCUUCCUUUAAUCUCUAUCUCGGGGCAACUUCUUGUUAGGGUUUCCGCUUGUGUUCUUCUUCGACAAAGAAAGAUCUUUUUCGGCCUUGUAUUUCUUUUUUCUUGGUAUGGACUAUGAAGUUUGCGAUAGUAGUGGUACUGAUGAUGAUCUGCCUCCAUCACAUCAAACUAGAGUUUCAAGAGGGGGUAAUAUUACUGGCAAUGGAAGAUCUAUCGUAGGUUCUGGCUCAUUUUCUAGGAUGCAUUUUGACAUGGAGGCCCAAAUACAUCAACUUGAGCAGGAAGCUUACUGUUCUGUCCUACGUGCCUUUAAAGCUCAAUCCGAUGCAAUUACUUGGGAAAAGGAAGGCUUGAUAACAGAACUUAGGAAAGAACUGAGGGUGUCCGAUGAUGAGCAUAGAGAGCUUCUGACCAAAGUUAAUGCUGAUGAUAUCAUCAGAAGAAUAAGGGACUGGAGACAAGCUGGUGGGAACCAGGCUGCAAGACUUAGUGCAUCUCAGCCUGUUCACAGUCUUUUACCUAGUCCAACUGUUUCAGCAUCCCGCAAGAAACAGAAGACAUCCCAAUCGGGUCAGUCAUUACCUGGCUUAUCCUCUGCAAAGGCCGUGCAUUACUCUUCUACAGUCUCUGCUGGAACUAGGCAAUUCAAUAACCGUGGUUCUGUUGGCAGCCUUUUGGCAAAUGAACCUGCUGAAGGAGCAACAUUUGAACCCUUAAUUGGAAGGAAAGUGUGGACAAGAUGGCCUGAAGACAACAAUUUCUAUGAAGCUGUAAUCACUGAUUACAAUCCCUCUGAGGGACGACAUGCUCUGGUUUAUGAUAUAAAUACAGCAAAUGAGACGUGGGAAUGGGUUGAUCUCAAAGAGAUUUCUCCAGACGAUAUCAGAUGGGAUGGUGAGGACCCGGGCAUAUCAUAUCGAGGAGGCCCUGGUUUUCAUGUAGCUAAGAAAUCCUUCAGUCGUGGUGCUCCUGCUCCAGGUCCUGGAAGAGGUCGAGGUUCAGUGAAGGGCCAAUUCAGAAAAGAAUUUUUGCCGUCACAGAAUGGUAUUGCAAAGAAAGUGUCUGAUGAUAUUGAGUUGCUUAACACAGAGACACUAGUAAAGGAGGUGGAGAGGGUUUUUGAUACAAGUAAUCCUGAUCCUCUUGAGCUUGAGAAGGCGAAGAAAAAGUUAAAAGAGCAUGAACAAGCUCUCAUUGAUGCUAUUGCUAGGCUUGCCGAUGCAUCGGAUGGGGAAAGUGAUGGAGAACAACCCUUCUCGCGUGGGCAACCAAUGGACCGGCUGUAAGGCUGUAGACAGCCAGUGGUAUUGUGGACGCCAUCAGAGAUUGACUAGUUGGAUUUUUUAUUUCCUAUUUCUUUGAUUUUUUUUUUCCUUUCGGAAUCUGCAUCUGGUCCUCAUUGGAUAAAGAAGUUUGCCAGAAUCUUGUACGAGGAUCCGUGCUUUAACUUAAUGUACUUGGAAAAUAGCUGCUUUCCCUCA